AGUCGAACAGACAUCAAAAGAACAGAGUUGUUAUUGAGGAGAAAUUUAUUUAAACAAAAAUACAUACAAAAAGUGAAAAUGCCUUUUCUAACGCGUGAAUACAAUUUCCACGAGUCGGAGUUAGCAGCCGCUAAAGAUCAGCGCACAAUGGCCAUGCGCAGCGUCAAGAAGUUAUUGCGCCCACUAAUGCGCAUCAUCAAGAAGAAACAAUUAUUGCAGAAAACGCUCGCCGAAGUCAAGCAACAAAACGACUACAAUUCAUCGCUAGAGGAUAUGCGCAAAGAUCCGGCCGCGCUCAACGCCUACGAUGACAAUUUGGCCAAUGAGGCGUUGGAGCAGCGCCUGCAUGAACAAUUGCAGUGCAGCGCGCCCGAAGCAGCGAUCAUUGUGCGCCAGGGCAGCAGCCAAGCAGUGGUGCCCGUACAGCAGCAACACUACAUACCGGUGCAUUUUGCGCGCACCGCCAAUGGCACAUUCUUCUGGACCACCAACGACAUGCCGCGCCAACAGGAAUUGCAAUUGCGCCAACAGCUCGAUCGCUGGGGACAGGCGUAAGCGCCUAGUAGCAGUGUGCUGGUACAUGGUAGCAGCUUUAAGUGCAACGGCCACUUUGCGGCUUAAGCGAAGCGGCACAUUUGCGCGUGAACCGCCGCGCUCAUGCGCAUGCGCGGUUUUGGCUUCCUAUUUUCAAGCGUUUGAAUUUGGACAAUUCAAUAAUUGCGGUGAUAUUAGCUUUUAGUCGCUUGGCUACAGUUUUAUUUUUUAAUUUUGUGUAAAAUAAUUGAUAUUCAAUUGUGUGCAGCUAUUUGCUAGCGACAGUGACAAAUUUAUAAUUUUGUCUUAUUGUGAUUUUAGCGUGUUUAAAUGUGUUAGUAACUUGUAAUAUUGUAACAACUUAGGUUUAUAGCUUUAAAAAUCAUAUGUCUUCCUAAAUUUAGCUGAUUUUACAUAAGUAAGUGGUUUGCAUUAGUCUAGGUGAUAAGCGUUUUACAUUCAUUGUCUUCCAUGUAAAACUUUGUAGGGAAAAAUAAAAAAUAGU